AUGGCCCACAGUACUACCUCAGCUUCGGCCUCGGUCGACAUCAAGAAGGAGCGGCUGUCUUUUGCAAAGAUCGCAGCUGCUGGUAUCAAGCCUCCAAAUGCUACACAGAGUCCGAACACAAAUUCGCAUAACAAUCAGAAACAAGAUAUAACUUCUACGCCGCGAGCCGGCGAUGCUAUUGUCACUCCUUCAAAUGGAACCGCUCAGCCUGCAGUUGCGGUGCCCAAGCCGAAAAAGUUGAUUCAGCUUCAGUCAAAAGAUACAAAAGAUACCCGUAAUCACAGUUUGAAUGGCCCUGAAGUCCGUGUUCAGAUCGUGGGUUCUGCUCCAAGUCGAGCAGAACCCCCUGCGCCAGACGGCUUCUUGGUUCCUACAACCUCUGAUGAUGCUGGCACCCAAGUUUCAUCCUCCAGCGACUCCAACAAGCCGCCAAGUGUGGACGGCAAGAGCGUCGCUUCUGGCACUACCUAUGCCCUGGAUGAGAAGGAAUCUCUUCGUCCAGACGACAGUGCCAGUGUCAAAGCAGCCGAGGAAGAGGACAUGUAUUCAGCAUCCGGUUCAGGCAUGCCAUCUCGUGUAGGCUCAGAUGACGGCGUCAGGGCAUUCCGAGACCAGCUACGAGAAAUAUCUGCUAUGGAACCGUCAAGGCGCGGUGGGCCUCCACCGACGUUUGCUGCUGCAACCAGAGGCGUACUCUACGUUCCCCCGCAAGGUCCAGGAAUCGGUGCAGUGCCUAGUCCAGCACGAGGCGUUCCUACAUCAAAUCCGAGCGUUGAUUUCCCGCCCGACCCUAAGUUGCUCGAGGCUUUGGAAAAUCCGCGAGAUCGCGUGUGGGUCCUGAAAUUGGAGCAAGAUGUCAUUGACUUUGUGAAGGACAACAAGGAGUCGUCCCUCAUCUUGCCGCAAUGCCAUUCCUUCUACCGGUUGUUGGCUCACAAGAUGGCUGACUACUACAUGCUUGCGCAUCACAUUGAGGAUGCGACUUGCCCUAACUCCGCAGUGCGACUAUACAAGACACCCUACUGUCGAAUACCGCCCCCGCUCACAGGAGUUACUGCACCCUCAACUGCGGCAAGCACGCCACCACCCACUGCGCCCGCAAUGAAAAUCUUGCGACGUGGGGUUGACGGACCUGCGAUUGCGAAUGGCUCGAACAUGCCGUCCAAGAGUGCAUCUGAGGCGGGCGAUAGUGGCGACGAGAAGAAGAAGGCGCCAGUGACGCGUGAAGAGCGAGAGGCGCGGUAUGAAGCAGCUAGAUUGCGCAUCAUGGGCUCCGCAAAACCAAUAGACUCACCAGAAACGCCCAAGGAGAAGCAAGAUUCAAGAUCAAGCUCCGUUACUGGGAGGAAGAGCAAGAAAAAGGCUAGGGAAGACAACGAUGAUGGUUUUGAGGCUCGUUCGGCUUACAGCAACUACUACAAUGCGUCCUUUGGCAGCGAUGGCAUUCCGACUCCGCCUUACGGCUAUCCUUCUGCAGAAUCUGCACCGAACCAGUACCCGAUGCCGUAUGGGCAGCCAACUCAAAGCGCGAGCUAUCAGUCGACGCCGAUGCAAGGUCCUGCUAACAGCGCUUGGGCUCAGCAGCCUUACAACCAUGUCGAUCCUACUCAAGCUUGGGCUCAGUCGCAGACCGGCGCUUACGACCUGUCUGCCGACUUUCAGCGUAACAUGUCAUUCCAAAGCACAUUGUCACCUCAAACGACCAAUUUGGGCUAUGGCCAGCAGUACUACGCACCACAACAGGGCUGGCUGCCGCAGCAGCAGUUUCCGAUGCCAACGCAACCACAACAGCCUGGAUAUGCAUAUGGACAAGUCGGCCCCGUCAAUGUUCACACCUCCCCGACGCCGCAGACGCAAGACCCCGCGCAACCUUAUGCUUUCGGACAGUUACCAAGUCAGACCAUCGGGAGGCCUCCAAAUAAGAACGAGCAUCCGCUGCCUGGUAGUUAUAAAGGCAAAAACUUCAAUCCGCAAAGCCAAGCCUUUGUUCCCGGCCAGGGAGAUGGAAGGUCGUUCAGUCCCUAUGGCUCUCCAAUCGCCCAAGUUGGCUUUAGCCAGCCGAUACCCGCUCAGCCUCCGCAGCUAUCACGACACAGCUCUGCGCAAUCACAAGGCUCAAGCUUCCCAACGCCGCAUCAGAGCCAAGCCCAGACGCUACAGCAUAGGAUGCCAGGCCAGCCUCUUACGCACCCACUACCUCAUGGACCCGUCUACCCAAAGCAGCCGCCCCCGAAUGUGCCGCUACCACCCAAGCCUGGGUCAAUGCAGCCGCUGCCUAACAUGCAGCAGCCUUCUACGUCGCCUGGCGCACAUCCAGCUGCGCAGAACCAAAGCAUCCUGGCGAAAUGGGGCGCGCCGUCGUCCUUGCCAGCAAAACCUCCACCUGCAAAUGAGCCAUUUGACUCUGCGAAGAUUACACAAAUUCAGAGACAGCCGUUCAAUGCUGCGGCUGCUGCGCGGCAGCAGGCAGGCUAUCCGGUGAGGAUGUAGUUUCUGGAGGUGGAAAGCGAGGGGCGCCUGACGGGAGGCAGCCUCUGAAGUGAAUGAACAAUGCAUGAUUACGACUCGGUGGUAUGGAAAGUAUUCAACCUCGUUGUGAAAUAAGGUGUAAUGCUGUAGCACAAACGUUCUUUCUUCCAGUCUC